UGGGCACCGGGGGAAGAAUGUCUCCUUUCAACUUUGUGACUUGCACCCCCGGAGAAGGCCACACGCCGGUUGUGGGGUGCAGAUGUGCUGAGAGUGAUUUCUAAGUAGUUGAGUUGUUGAGAUGAGGGGUACGGCUGCUAAUGGUAGGCAGGUUUUGUUUUUAUUGGUGAAUCUGGUGUCAUCAUAUUCCGGUCAUAUGUUGAAAUAUUCUUUGUUUAGGUCUUGAAGUAGAGGAUCUUACUUUUCACGUCCACAUUGUGUUGUUUUUAAAUGAUGUCUCUGCAAGUAUGGCUUUCUAGAAUUUCAAAUGUGAGUUAAGGUCCGGGCGUAUGCGGGCCUCAGCACUGGCCUUGACAGUGAACUUUGUGACUGUGUUUUGGAUUUCAAAGAUUUGCCCCAUAACUGGGGUGCGAGCUGUGCAUUUUUGUUAAUAGUAGGUGUCAGGAAUGUAGAUGCUUGAGGUGGGGACGUUAGAGAAGGAAGAACAUUUAUAUAUUAAUAAUUGAUAGCUUAAUAUUAGAAACAGAUUAAUUUGGGCUGAUGAAAUUUUUUUUUUUUUUAAAGCAGUUAUGCACUCUAGGAAACCUUUUCAUAGGCACACUUCUUAGGGGUUCUUUAGGGCACAGAGCUUGAAUAUCUCCUUUUAGACAGGUUACUCACCAACAUCUGUAGCUUCAUUGAGGGCCUGAUAAGGGGACUAAAACUGGGGCUAUGACAUCUAAGUGUACUUUUCAGUGUUUAUGUUGUUUGUUUACAUCUGAUGUUCACUCACGUUUGGGCAGUGGAAAUAAAUAGGUCAGAUUUUCUUUUGGUUUUUGAAGACUAGCCCUCUCCCCCUCAUCCCCCCCUUUUUUUUAAGUUUCACAAUUUACUUGGUUUCACAGCGUUGUAGGAAACUGUUACUACAUUUUUACUGGAAAUACUAUUAUUCAUUUUGAUUUUGUCAUCUGGAAAGAGCUGCGUCAGAAAUACUCUUCUUCUGCUUACAUGAAGAACUCUAAAUGCUAUCCAGCAGGAGGUGCUGCAGCAAGAUAAAGGAAAUCUAUGAAUUUUGAGGGUCUUGCUACUUAUUACAGCUCUACUUAGCAUCAACUAAGCAACAGGAUUAACACCUUAAAGUUCCAGAAAGAUUUUGAGGAGCAAGAGAGCUGAAGGAGAGCCAGUUUCCCCAAAAUUGGACUUCUCAGAACCUUUAAUAUGCUAAUGUGCAUUGUGAAUCUCCAAGAGGGGGAUAUGAUAUGCAGCAUUCUUGAAUACUUCUAUUGACAGGGAGCCCACUACCUCAUAAGCUGCAGUAAGAAGAGGAGUUUGUUAUUUUAAACAGAGGCUGAAGAAACUAUAGAAUUAGCAGACAUAAGAAGAAGUGGAGAAGGUAGAGGAUGGAGUUGCAGACUCUACAGGAGGCUCUUAAAGUGGAAAUUCAGGUUCACCAGAAACUGGUUGCUCAAAUGAAACAGGAUCCACAGAAUGCUGAUUUAAAGAAACAGCUUCAUGAACUUCAAGCCAAAAUCACAGCUUUGAGUGAGAAACAGAAAAGAGUAGUUGAACAGCUUCGGAAGAACCUGAUAGUAAAGCAAGAACAACCAGACAAGUUCCAAAUACAGCCAUUGCCACAAUCUGAAAACAAACUACAAACAGCACAGCAGCAACCACUACAGCAGCUACAGCAGCAACAGCAGUACCACCACCACGCCCAGUCGGCUGCAUCCUCUCCCAGCCUGACUGCUUCACAGAAGACUGUAACUACAGCUUCUAUGAUUACCACAAAGACACUACCUCUCGUCUUGAAAGCAGCAACUGCGACCAUGCCUGCCUCUGUUGUGGGCCAGAGACCUACCAUUGCUAUGGUGACCGCCAUCAACAGUCAGAAGGCUGUGCUCAGCACUGAUGUGCAGAACACACCAGUCAACCUCCAGACGUCUAGUAAGGUCACUGGGCCUGGGGCAGAGGCUGUCCAAAUUGUGGCAAAAAACACAGUCACUCUGCAGGUUCAGGCAACACCUCCUCAGCCCAUCAAAGUACCGCAGUUUAUCCCCCCUCCUAGACUCACUCCACGUCCAAACUUUCUUCCACAGGUUCGACCCAAGCCUGUGGCCCAGAAUAACAUUCCUAUUGCCCCAGCACCUCCUCCCAUGCUUGCAGCUCCUCAACUUAUCCAGAGGCCUGUCAUGCUGACCAAGUUCACUCCCACGACCCUCCCUACCUCCCAGAAUUCCAUCCACCCCGUCCGUGUCGUCAAUGGGCAGACUGCAACCAUAGCCAAAACGUUCCCCAUGGCCCAGCUCACCAGCAUUGUGAUAGCUACUCCAGGCACCAGACUCGCUGGACCUCAAACUGUACAGCUUAGCAAGCCAAGCCUUGAAAAACAGACAAUUAAAUCCCACACAGAAACAGAUGAGAAACAAACGGAGAGCCGCACUGUCACUCCACCUACUGCACCCAAACCAAAACGGGAGGAGAACCCUCAGAAACUUGCCUUCAUGGUGUCUCUAGGGUUGGUAACACAUGACCAUCUAGAAGAAAUCCAAAGCAAGCGGCAAGAACGAAAAAGAAGAACAACAGCAAAUCCAGUGUACAGUGGCGCGGUCUUUGAGCCAGAGCGUAAGAAGAGUGCAGUCACGUACCUGAACAGUACAAUGCAUCCUGGGACCCGGAAGAGAGGUCGUCCUCCAAAAUACAAUGCAGUGCUGGGGUUUGGAGCCCUAACCCCAACAUCCCCCCCAUCCAGUCAUCCUGACUCCCCUGAAAAUGAAAAGACAGAGACCACAUUCACUUUCCCUGCACCUGUUCAGCCUGUGUCCCUGCCCAGCCCCACCUCCACAGACGGUGAUAUCCAUGAGGAUUUUUGCAGUGUUUGCAGAAAAAGUGGCCAGUUGCUGAUGUGUGACACGUGUUCCCGUGUAUAUCAUCUGGACUGCUUGGACCCUCCUCUGAAAACGAUUCCCAAGGGCAUGUGGAUCUGUCCCAGAUGUCAGGACCAGAUGCUGAAGAAGGAAGAAGCAAUUCCAUGGCCUGGAACUUUAGCAAUUGUUCAUUCCUAUAUUGCCUAUAAAGCAGCAAAAGAAGAAGAAAAACAGAAAUUACUUAAAUGGAGUUCAGAUUUAAAACAAGAACGAGAACAACUAGAGCAGAAGGUGAAGCAGCUCAGCAAUUCUAUAAGUAAAUGCAUGGAAAUGAAGAACACCAUCCUGGCCCGGCAGAAGGAGAUGCACAGCUCCCUGGAGAAGGUAAAACAGCUGAUCCGCCUCAUCCACGGCAUCGACCUCUCCAAACCCGUAGACUCUGAGGCCACUCUGGGGGCCGUCUCCAACGGCCCGGACUGCACUCCCCCUGCCAACGCCAGCACCUCCACGCCGGCGCCCUCCCCGCCCUCCUCCUCCUCCUCCCAGAGCUGCACAGCGAACUGUAGCCAGGGGGAAGAGACUAAAUAACAGAGCCCUGCUAGGAGAAGCCACGGGAUCCCAGUGGCAAGGAGAGCAAAACACUGAAGACUCUAGACAAGCAAAGCCGGAUUUCUUCUGGAAAGUACAGAAUUCUUUUGGUUCUUUGGUUCCAGAGAGAGAGAAGAUGCUUGUGCCGGGUGGCACCAGAGUUUGCCAAUUGAUCCUUCUUAUUCUGUGUGUACAUGCAAAGACUGGACCACGCCACAUGAAACCGUGCCAGCUGGAGGCUCUGGGCCAGCACCACGCCAAGUGGAUAAUACACUUGCUCUCCCUGUUACACGCCAGUGUGUGCCUGCGGCAGCCCCCACCGCCACCGUGGGCUUGCUUUUGUUUUGUUGGGUGGGGAGCGGGGACGGGCCGAGGGGUGGGGAGCAGGUUCCAGACCCUUAUUUGCUGAGCUGUUUGUUUAGGUAGAGAAGACAAGUCCAAAGAGUGCGUGGGCUUUCCUGUUUCUAAACUUUCACUACUAUAAAACCAAAAAGAGGAAAUCGAGAUUUAACCAACCCCAGUGCCCAGAGGAAGGGAUGGGGAGGGGAUGGGAGGGAGCCGGGGUGGGGAAAAGUAUAUCAAAUAAGCAGUAUUUCAUAUUGUCUGGGGCGGGCACAGUGCACGGAGAGAUGGACACCAGGAACAGCCACCGGGGUCUUCUCCGGAGCACUCCGCUCCCCCACCCCUCCCCAAGCUCCUUCCCUGCUUUGGCAAAUCGGCACCGUCCCCGUGGAUGAUCGUCCUGUGGAUGAUCCGGUUACCUUUCCUCUCCAAGAACAAGCAGACCCAGGCCUCAGGUGGCCCUUGCCCGGGGCAGGGAAGAAGGGUGUGUGUGUCGAGGAAGGAAAAAAGGUGGAUCAGUGAUUUUACUUGAAAACAAGCUCCAUCCCUUUUCUAUAUUUAUAAGCAGAGAAGAUCCUGAGCGAAGCAGCACGCAACCCAGGUGUGUGUGAAUUGAAUGGAGACGUUGCUUUUCUCUUUUUUUUUAAAUUUUUGUUUCUGUUCUUUCUUCUUUAAAAAAAAGUUUUAUUUUGUUGUUUAUUUUACUUUUUUGGUAACAAAAACUAAAAUAAGGAAUAGAGAAGCUGUUUUUCAGGCUGACAGUCCAAUUAAGGGUAGUCGAGACCUUGCAUGGUAGAAUAGGAAUCAUAGUGUCAGUGAGGUCCCGUGAGUCUGUGUGAGUCCUUGUGUCAUCGUUCGGGGCACUGUUUUUUUAUGCAAGGGCAAAAAUCUUUGUAUCUGGGGGAAAAAAACAACAACUUUUUUUUUAAUUAAAAAGGAAAAUAAAAGAGAUUGAGGUCUUCCUAGUGUUACUUAAAUUAAGAUCAAGGUAAGAAACAUUGUAAAAAAAAAUUACAAAAGUGCUAUUUGUUUCCUAAAAACAGUGAUUUCUAUUAAAAAGGUGUCAGAACUGGAGAAAAUGCUGUGUAGUUAUAAUUUUUUAGCACAGAACCUGCUGAACAUGAUGACAUUUUGCUGUGUUUGUGUCUCAAGACUGGUGGGCUAGUCUCCAUGAUUUCUGUCCUCCGGACGCCGCAGCCCUGACGAGCAGGGGCAGAGCUCUCCCACCAUUCUCCCCUCCUCAGAAAAGACUGUCCUCUCUUCUUGGUGCAGGGAUCUGGGCUCCUGUUUCUGAAGCCCACAUGGAGUGUGGAUGGUGUCAGGGCCCCCCCUGUUGUCUCCUCGGGUUUUGCUAGAGCAGAAGGCUGGUGCCGAAAUAAGAUCCCUUCCUUUGGUGCUGCUCUCGGUCUUUCAGCCACCAGCAUUGUGAGUGCCUGGGGGACAGCUUCGAAGGAAAUGGCCACUGAAGCUCAUUGGUGCCCAUGCACCCCGGCUUUGGUGGAAGGGUGCAGGGGGCAGGCUGCAUCAGCCCUUGGUGCUUAGAAAGAACAAGGGAGUGAGAUGUCUUGAGGGGACAUGGUGUCUCUGAGACAGAGAGCCCAGGGUGGCCUUUGUGUCUUCAUGUCUUCGAAGAGAGACUGCUUUCUCUGCCAGCUGCUUUCUCUGCCUGCUGGCUCCAGUCACCGGAGAUGGGAGUUUACUCCACUUUGCCCACCCACAAGCUUCCUGGGUGACCUUUGGCUAGAACGCGGUGCUUGCCUUGGCUUGGCCUGUCUUCUUCUUGGGAAAAGCGGGGUUCUGAAAGGCUCAGACCAUUUCUAUCAUCUUGCCUUGUGGGAAAUAAAUUUUGUCAAGUGUGCGCUCCCGCUGGAGACCUUUUGCCCAUUGCGCACAUCUGGCCACAGGAGGGAGGCGGGGGCUCUGCACCCCACCCCACCCCCGGCACUCCCAGAGCAUCUCUCCCAAGCCCGCCCCCUAAGGGCCAGAGCCUAGGAGGGUCGGAAAAGGGGCCAGUAGUUUCUCCCUCACCUAGUGAGGCCCAGAGAGACAGAGAUGGAUCCUGAAAGCAAUUGCAACAGAGAAAUACUCCUUAGGUAAAACGUGUAUCAUCUCUACCAACCAUUUCCGUUCAUCUUCCUGGGAUGUUAGAAGAGGGGAUUAAGAGGGGCUGUACAGGCCUCAGAGUCAGGACCUGGCUGCAAGUUUGCCUGACGGGGAAAGAAACGAGCUCCCUUUCCUCAUGCAAAAACCCAGGUGCUAUGUCUAGUCAGGGAGCUUUGGGAGAUGCCUGGACUAGUUGGAGGAAUAGUUGGCAGAGGUUCAGAGCCCAGAGGCAGGCUGUACGCCCUGUCUUGGAGCCCUCCCAUUUGACUUGUCUGGGCCCAGAGGCUGGAGGUUGCCACAUAAUACCUAUCCUCUUGAAAGCAGUGGGAAACUGUGAUCACUAGAGGCCUUUGCUCAGAAAGGAGCUGCCUGGGGGUUCUUGGGGGUGGGAGGCAGGGCUAGGAAUUGACCAGGGUUUUGCCAGCUGCUGUGAACAGUCACACUCUGACCUUGCCUAGGGUUGGGGUAUGGAUUCUUCCUCAAGUUCAGACAUAAGCUGUUGUGCAAGUCAGCUAGUAUGGGGUUAACAAUGCAACCCUGCCCCCGAACCUGCAUUCUGGACUCAAAUUCCCAAGCACCCCUUACUGCAAAGAAAGGGCCCUAGUCACCCAGUCUCCUCCUCCUUCACUGUCCUGCCAAGAGAAGACCCUCUCCGUUCCACCAGACCUGUGGGGUCCCUGUGACCACCUGAGACACACGUUCAUGACUGCCCCACCGGAGCUGCCUCUCCCUGCCUCUCCCUCUUUCCCUUGUGCUGCUUUUCCCCGUGCCCCAGUGUCGCUGCUGACAGACACACCUGAGAGCAGCUGGCCUGCAGUCACUUCAGAGGCCAGGGAGCGGCUGGUCUGGCUCUGGGAAGGAGCUGCCCCCCGGGCCCUGGAUCAGGACGCCCCUUGUCAGUCCCGUGGCUCAGGUGACGUGCCCUGGAAACAGUGAGGUCAUGUUGCUGUCAUCGUCCCUGCUCACGUUCUUGCCAGUGUGGCCUGCAGGUCCUUUUUCUUUCACGGAGCCUGCUGGGUCUUGUCUCACCGCUGCUGAGCUCCUCCAGAGUUCUGCUUUCUUCCUUCCUUAUUGGGCCCUUUUGGCGCAAGCCUGCUGGUCGUGCCUGGCAGGGAGACCAAGCUCGGGGCCGCCCCUCGUGGGCCUUACCUGUGUGGGGCCUGUAACACGGCCGUGGCAGCCUCCAGCUGGCGCCAUGAGAGUGCCCGGUUUCCCGACAGGCCCGCCUCUGUCCCCGCUGCUGCUUGGCUCAGGCUCGACAGGUGGUGUGAAUGGGCGCAGUUGCUCGCCCCACACCUCUCCUGUGAGGGUGACCGCGUAUCCAGCUCUGCUCAGUCUCCGCGUGUGCAGCUGCCUCUCCAGCCGUCUCUGACACUUACUCUCUUGGGGCCAGCGGAGACUCCUUAUGCUCUCAUGCCAACCCACGACUCACACAGCACGCUCAGAAGUGGCUUCCUCCCUUCCCUCCCUUUUAGGGUUUGGUCUUUCUUAUUUAUCCAAAGGGCUUAAUUUAGGAGGCUUUUACCCCCAGGGGCAAAAGGCUCUUUGGUAGUAGGAUGGAUGGUGGCCCAGCUACAUUUUCCAGGCCCUGGGUUCUCCAGAUUCCAUGGCUUCUGUUGGAUGGAGGCAACCUUGCUCUGUCUAAAAGACUGGGGACCUCACCCCCACCCCUCAGCUGGGCACCCUUGGCAGGAAACAGGAGACCCGUUCUCACCCUGACUUCAAGCCGUCUUCAGUAUCAGCUCCUUUCCAGGAAGUGAGGGGGUGGCCUCUGAAAAGAUUCCUCUUGGCCUUCCCACCGGAGUAAAGGGGAAGGAAGCUGACUCCGGUGGAGCUCUUGAAAAUAGCCCUUGUAAAGGAAGAGCAGGGCUCACAAAUUCACUUCACUCCCUGCUCCCAAAGGCUCUUCUUCCCUGAGGACUCCACCGUCCCCUCGGCAGUCUCUGGCCCCUGCUCCUCUCUCCGGUGUCAUUGGGUCCUCAGCCCAGGGUAAGCUGCAGUCAGGCAGGACAGGACGGGCAGCCGGAGGUCAGCAAGCUCUGAGCAGAAAAGAGCCAGCCAGCUCCCAACCUGUCUCUUGUCCAUGCCCUUUGUGAUUUCAGUCUUGGUAGAACUUGUAUUUGGAGUUUUGUGCUUCAAAGUUUUUGUUUUUGUUUGUUUGAUUUUUGUUUUGAGGGGGUGGGGGGGAUACAGAGCAGCUGAUCAAUUUGUAUUUAUUUAUUUUAACAUUUUACUAAAUAAAGCCAAAUAAAGUCUCUGAGA